UGAAGGCCCUGAGGGAUGGGCAGACUUCGUCCCUCGCAGACGAACACGGCGAGCGCUUUCCGGGAUGCUCAGUUUCUCGCCUUCCACAAGAAAUUCUACUCGCAAAGGUGCAUGCAGCCUGGCGAUGCGUCGCACCGUGUGCACCGAUUUUCUCACGCGGAGGGUUCUGGAUGGGUCAGUGGAUGCUGUGCGAAUGCGACGAGGCCGAGAGAUGAGUUACACUUUCGACCACUUCGCCGUUCGGUUUCAAUUUCUUCGAUUGCCCAUGAGCUAAGGGCUUGUCAAGGUGGGAGAGACUCCGCUGGUGGCACCAGUAGAUCAGACUAUUGGCACAGGUAUAUUUGAUAUUGUAUGAGUUUUGUUGCGGACAUGGGUUUUACUUGUAGGUUGGGGUUUCUUCACCGAAAUGUUUGGAGUGAGUAGUUGUUCACGAUAUUCUGACCCUGCCGUGUUCGUUUUUUUUUGUUUUUUUUUUUUGUUUUGUUUUUUCUUUUUUUAGUGGUCAUCGUGAGUAAAGACUCUGUUGUUGAUCUCGAUAUUUAGUCUUAGUCCUAAUAUUUCAACGAAUUAUGGGUUAGCGUGUUUUAGUGAUAAUGUAUUUUUGUAGUGAGUACUUUAUUUCUGUUUAUCCAUGUGAUUACAAGUUCGAAUGUGAAUACUCAGUUCUUUUGAAUUAAGUAAUCGAUUGUGACGGGUCACACGCCCGAAAGUAAUGAUGGAAUUGUAACUGUUUCUUUCCUUUUC